AUGAAGCGGCUGCUAAACCAUCACCGCUGUGUUCAGCAAGUCGAGCUCAGCUACACGGGUGAACUGUUCGACGAAGAGAGCCAACUGCUGAGUCAGGUCCACCCCACCGCUGGCAUCUCGCAAAUCGCCCUUGACGGACAUCGAAUGAAUAAGCCCCAACCCAGUCAGCUUGUUCGCGUCAUGCUCCGAGGAGAUCCCACCCGAAUGAAACUCCGCCGCGUUUGUUUCGGUGCCACCGAAAUGACGGCGUUGGUUCAGAGCAUUGAUCGAGCAAACACGCGACUCACAGACCUCGAUCUUUCCGACAAUCGGCUGAGGGGCCAUGACAGCCUUGCUUUGCUCAAGGCCGUCAAGACUUCCAAGACCAUCAAAUGCCUGAAGCUCGAUUCCAUUAUGGUCGGCGUGCGAGGAGCGCAGCGCUUCGCCAAGUUGCUGAGGACCAACAAGACGUUGCUGAGUGCGAGCCUGUUCAAGACGAAGACAAAUGACAAGGGCGCUAUUGCCAUUGGUCAUGCCCUCGCGGCGAACAGCACACUCGAGUUCCUCAUGAUAGGCGGGAACUCCAUCGGUCCCACAGGUGCUCAAGCCAUCGCCUCGUCCCUUGAACUGAACACCACCUUGACCUACCUCGAUCGUCAAUGCAACCACCUGGAUAACAGCGGUGCCGUUUUCCUCGCUCGGAUGCUCCAGUCUAACAAGACGCUUCGGACACUCGACAUAAGCAGAAGUUUCAUCCGCAGCGACGGUAUAGUGGCAAUCGCUGAUUCACUCACGAACAACCGGACGCUUCUGGAGCUCUCAAUUGACGGAAACCUGUUCACUAAAGAAGCGGUUGUGGCGUUUGGGCGCCUCGUCGCCUCCCACAAGACGCUGAAGCCCUUUCAUGCCACGCCAGGUUGCUGUCCCAGGUCAGCGGCGCCAUUCAACGAAUUCGUCGAAGCCUUGUCGCUCAACCGAUCACUCAAAGGCAUCAAAUUGUCCGUGCUGUACCCCUGCUCGAUGCAGACACUCUCGCAGAAGCUGCGAUGCCACAAAACGCUUCGAGACCUUUCUAUCCAGACCAACGCACUCGACACGAGUCUUCUGUUCGGCGCCCUGGCCUCCAACCGAUCGGUGCGAACAUUCGAAAUCGACAGCGUCCUGAGCUUGAGGAGUCUCACGGCCUUGGCGAACCUGCCUCGCGUCACGACAACCAUCCGCUCGGUAACCGUCUCGGACAAGGUUCGCAACACGUCCCUGAUGUGGCUCGCGUGCGGCCUGGCGUCCAACUCCAGCAUCUGGAGGUUCCGCCUUGGUUCUAACAAACUCGGUGUCAGCCUCUGCAGAACGAUUGCCAGGAUGCUUGUGGAGAACAGCACGCUCAGCGCUUUGAUCCUAAACGAUGCUCCCCUUGACGAACUCGGCCUUGUAACCCUGGCGGGUGGCCUGACCUCCAACCAAGUUCUUCAGAAGCUGUCCGUUUGCUAUCCCGCGUCUAGCGUUGCUGGAUUCAGGGUCAGCCAAUGUCUGCGAAGGAACUGCGUCCUCCUGAGCCGCGCACUCCAGUUCGUCCUUAAGAUUGCGACAGACAAGAGCUCUGCGGCAGCCUUCCAGCUAUAUCGGCGGAGCGAGUACUUCGCGCACGAACUUUCUCUCCGUCCCGAAGGGUUGCCAGCGUCGUCCGCUGAUUCGCCCGUUUGA